CUUUCAUCAUCAUCGUCGUCGCCAAGCAAUGGUUAUUACGCGCUUUACUCAAACAUAUCAUUUUUAGUAAGGAGAUGGGAAGCCGUGCAGUAUGCAUACAACAUGUGUCACCGCCGUGUUUUGAAGCCUCGCAAGUGAAGAGCAAAACAUUUAGACCCUUUUCUGUGAAUACUAGGAAGGAGAGAAGAAGCAAAGGCGUGAGAUGCAGAAGCAUAAGUGACUUCAUCGGAGGAGACCUGGUGAAGCUGGACAUUGGUCGUUGGCUUGAGGAUGUGGAAGGGCACAAGGCAAUCGCCAUCUACACUCCUCACGAGGGUGGCUACGAAGGUCGGUAUCUAAACCGUCUCAAAAGCCAAGGCUACUACUUUCUUGACAUCUCUGCUCGAGGGCUUGGUGACCCUGAGACCACCCUCCUCAACCCCUAUCCUGUUUGCCCUGCUCACCUUGGGAAACAGCCCAUAGCAAGGUGGUAUUAUCCACCAGAAGUUGACUACAGGCUCUCUGCUCUUCCCCCUAAUGCCAAGGGUCUUGUUGUAUGGGUCCUCGAAGCAAAGGUCCUCUCCAAGUCUGAACUUCAAUUUCUCGCUUUGCUUCCUUCUCUUCGUCCUAAUGUCAGGGUUAUUGCUGAAUGCGGAAACUGGAGAAAGUUCAUGUGGAAGCCCCUUGCGGAAAUUGCAAAUCUAGCUGCACAAGAGUAACUUCAUGAACUUAACCACCAGUGGAGCUUACCGUGUAUAGGUUUUCAUGAAUACAUCUCCUGCAAGUGUAGCAACAUUCACCACAUUGUAAAAUUUGAAAUUUGUGCUUGUCACUUGGUAAUAUAGUCCCUUUUAUCCCCA